AGUUUAAUCUUUCAGCCCCAAAUGCCCCAUCCAGAAUACUGAUACUCUCUUGACUCUUUUCUCAGAGCACUUUCUCAGCACGGAGACUGAAGAAAAAUAAGAUCAAAACUAAUGAUUUCUCUACAACUCUAUAACCCAUGUCUUGAAACAACAUUUCUCUCGAACCCUUCAAAGCUUGGAAACUCAAGACAAACAGGAACAUGCUUGAUAGCCCAAAGGAAGGCAUCACAUAAAAGAAAAGUGAAAUGCAGCGGUGGACAGAGGGAAGAAGAAAAAAAGGGUGAGAGGAGAACUUUUCUGUCACUGGAGGAAGCUGGUUUGGUUGAGAUAUCCGGGUUGAGCACACAUGAGCGCUUUCUGUGCCGUUUAACGAUAUCGUCCCUGAACUUACUAAGAGUGAUAUCAGAGCAAGAAGGGUGUCCAAUCGAGGAUCUAAAUGCUGCCAAAGUAUGUGAUUGGUUCCUCAAAGAUAAGCUCAAAAGAGAACAAAACAUAGCCUCUGCGGUUCUUCAAUGGGAUGAUUCCGAGUUCCAAUUUUAAUUUUUUACUAUCUUUUCUUUAUAGGAUUGUGACACUUUUUUCGGUGUUCGAUUCUAAAAUUCUUAUGUUAAAUGAUUCGGAAUAUUGAUUUAUGUGGUGCUCAGUUCUCAAUUUUGUGUGCAUGUAUUUCUUGAUUUCAUAGUCACUGAAUUACAACUACUUUAUGAUUUGAAGGACCCUUCCUGGUUUGAUGUCGUUGGGUCCAAAUUCCAAUAAUUAGUUGACUGAACAUGAUACAUGU